AUGGCGUUCGACCCCAGCUACCCAGAGGACUUCAAAAGAGCCCUGACAAAUACAAUCUCCGACAAGGACAUGGACCAAUUCGUCAAACACGGCGGCUCCCCUCGCUUCGUUUACGGAGCAUUGAUGCUCCCAACCGUUCUCAAAUACUACAUCGAUAGAGAACAGAACGUGAAAAUUCACAAACAAAUGACACAGGCUACAUUGCAUGGCUAUCAACUCUACGACUUCGCAGAUGAUGGCGUGCCGGUCAUAGUUCGUUCGCAUCAACCUCAUGCCAAUGUCAAGGGUAUGCUGAUUUUUAAUCUCAGCAAUGAAGAGCGGAACUCAAUUUAUGAGUUUGAAGGUGGAUUGAUGCAGCUUUCGAGUGUGCAGGUGGAUACAAUCCAGAAAAGCUGCUUGGGAGUGUAUGAAAUGCGGAAGAUCGAUGCUGGUGCUUUUGUUUGGCAUGAAAGUGCUCAUCUCUUGAGUCCUAGGAUUGGACUCAAAGUUAUUCAUGCAUCCAGUUGGGAUCUUGUUCCUUUCCUCGAGGGUAUUUUCUAUCGGGAUAUCAAAGCGUCGCAGCGUCGUGGUGCCCGUGAGAAGGAAGUUAUGGGGAUAAAAUCCCAGGCGGAGUCUUCAGGCUGGGACCAGGCAAACAGAAUUGACCCCGGAUAUCGGGACGCCAAGAUGAUCACUUCGACAAGUUCAAAUGAGCUGAUUGAUGACGAUGAUGAUGACGAUGAUUUCUCAAGCCCCAAGACUGAGAUCUUCAUGUACCCACUUGAUGAACAUGAGGCAAGGCUCAAUCACUGA